AUCUCCCCACCAGCAGACCCGUUCAGUGGCCCCCUGAACACCAUCGAACCCUGGAACUUCAAACUUCUGGCGACUUUAAUGUUUUUCGUGACAUUUUUAUCACUUUCUGAGAACUUCACCGUUUUGUUGGUGACGUACAAAUAUAAGCAGCUGAGGCAGCCUCUGAAUUUCAUCAUUCUCAACUUAUCCCUGGCUGAUUUCCUCGUCUCGACUAUCGGCGGGACUCUGAGCUUUGUCACCAACUUGUAUGGAUAUUUCGUCCUGGGAGAAUGGGCGUGUGUUUUAGAAGGAUUUUCCGUAACUUUUUUUGGGAUUGUGGCACUUUGGUCAUUGGCAGUGUUAGCCUUUGAGCGGUAUUUUGUGAUCUGCCGACCAUUGGGUAAUGUUCGUUUGCAAGGAAAGCACGCUGCCCUUGGCAUUGUCUUCAUUUGGGUGUUUUCUUUCAUCUGGACCAUCCCACCCACCUUCGGCUGGAGCAGUUACACAGUUAGUCCAAUUGGCACCACAUGUGAACCUAACUGGUAUUCUGGAGAAUUCAAUGAUCACACCUACAUUAUUGCUCUUUUUACAAGUUGCUUCAUUAUGCCUUUAUUGGUUAUAUUUGUGUCUUAUGGGAAGCUGUUGAGGAAACUAAGGAAGGUUUCAAGUACACAAGGGAGACUGGGAGUAGCAAGAAAACCAGAAAAACAAGUCACCAGGAUGGUUAUUGUUAUGAUACUGGCCUUUCUUUUCUGCUGGUCCCCAUACGCAGCUUUCUCCAUAACUGUGACUGCUUGUCCAGCCAUUGAGUUAGAUCCUCGGCUGGCCGCAAUACCAGCUUUUUUCUCAAAAACUGCUACAGUUUAUAAUCCAGUCAUUUAUGUGUUUAUGAACAAACAGUUUAGGCAAUGUGUCCUGCAAAUGUUCAGCCUCAGUGAAUCUGAUGCCAACCCAACAGCAGACCAUGCAAUGCAAGGUGGUAACCAUAAUCGGAGUGAAAUGUCCACUGCUGCAAGAAUGAAGACUUCUUAUGUUAAUGCAACAAAACAUGAAGAGUGUAGCAAACAUGAUACCUUUGCUCAGCAGCCAAUACCCGAGAAUGAAGUUUGCCCAUUUUAA